AUGCUCCUCCGGCUCUCUGCCACCCUGGCCUUGGUCGCCAACACCUUUGCACAUUCUCAUGAUGCAGACCUUAGGGUUGGAAAGAUCGCCACCUAUGACGAGGAUGGAGGGAAAGCGUCGGGUCCCACGCGCAAGGCAUCCAUUGCCAUCGCAACCACGAUUUUAAAUCCAGGGCCUCAAAUUGUCCAAUGGAUGGACUACCACCUUCAUCAGGUCGGCGUACAGCACGUCUUGAUAUAUAUGGACGACCCUUCCGAGCGCCUGCUCUUCUCACAGCUUUGCGCCGAUAGGCCAGUGACGCUGCUGGGUGGCUCACAGAUUGAGCAGAAAAUGUCCCCCGAAAGCCGAUUAAUUCUACGUCAAGAGCAGAACAUGAAACAUGCCAUCAGUCAUCUAUUUAAGCAUGGGUAUGACUGGCUUCUCCAUAUCGACAUUGAUGAACUGCUCUAUGAACCUUCCGCUGCUGCCGCCAGCUGGAGUGAGAAGCCGGAAGUAGGUUCUGUGCACUUCACGAACCAUGAAGCUCUGCCCCUUUCUCACCACACCGACAACCCAUUCGAAGACUGUGUUUGGUUCCGGCUCAACACUGUCGAACAGCGACCUCACUACAUGGCCUACGGCAACGGCAAAAGCGCCGUGCGACUCACUCGCGGCGUUAUUCCCCAAGGUCCGCACGACUUCUCGGGCUUCAAGGGCGAGCGACUUGCGCCAUCCGGCAAUGGCGAUGAACCGGUGCUAUUGCACUACCCGACUCCAUCGUUCCAAACAUGGGUAGAGAAGUUCACACGGUACGGCGAUUUCUCUGACUAUUGGUUCGGUGACCGAAGAGUACCGAAUAGAGUCCAAUUCAUGCUCCGCUCCCGAGAUCUGGUACAGGAGGCUCAUAAGACUGGCGACUGGAGCAGAGCACGGACCUUCUUCGACCAGCAGAUCCUUGCGGACGUGAACGAGAGACGGGAGGCUAUCAACAAGGGGCAUGUACGCUAUUAUGCUCCCUUUGCGGAACGGGAAGGCGGUUAUGCUCCUUUUGCGGCGGGAUUGGGAGGAAUCCAGGAGACACUGUUGUACUCUGGCGAGAAUCUCGACGCUGUGGGCAUGCAAUAA